UCGUUUAUGAUGCAUGUUUCGUGCUGCCUUUCCGCGGUAAGAAGGUGAGAGCUGGAAUAUUAACUCUGCGUGAAAACGAGUUAUUUUAAUCAAUUUGCUCCAAUUAUCCUGUCUUUGGGUCAUUAUUAAAUAUUUUUCCCUCAACGAGGGGAGUGGAAGGUCAUGUUGAAAAGUCACAAUACUGGCACAUUAGCUGUACAUUGACUAGUAGUUACAUUCCGAGGACGUCGCAUCACUAUUACUUCGGAACCAAAGCGUGGAGUAAUAACUUAUGUCAAACAUGGAUUGUAUGCAAAACAAGUUGAGUUUCCUGACAUGAACUUUUUGGAGAGUGUAUGGUGCUCAAUUGUAAAUGACUCUGGAUCUACACUAUUUGGCUGAAUACACCGCAGUCCAAAUAGCGAUUCCAGGAAUGAUGAGGCGCUGAUAUCACUUCUGAAGAAAGCAGAGAAUUUGAGGUCCCCAACCACAGUGUUCAUGAGCUGUCCUGAGUCCAUGCAGUUUGCAGUGAAACAAGCGGUAGAAUACGAUUGGUAGCCAUGCAGCCUGUUACAAUAGUGGAAAAUCACCCUCAGCGGGAGGGCUAUGCCGAGAACUACAGCCUAGGGGGUGCCACAUGUGCCUCUGUGAUGCUAUUGCUAUACGCCAUAGGGGUGACGGUGUGUGGAGGUGUUAGAUAUAUCGCAGAUGCGACAGGUGCGAUUAUUUUACCCCCAUCUACCAUAUCAUACGAUCAGAUCUGCGCCUUCGCUCUCGGAGGGCUUUAUCUUUUAACUUCAAUCAUCGGAUUUGGAACAGCGUGUAGGAACAUGUGCAUGGUAAUUAUGUUUCUUUUAUCUGCUCUUAAUUGUUUAGUCGGUCACAAAUACCGUUAGGAACCGCUGCGAACGUCGUACGAACGAUUCUUAGACCCGAUUCGGAAGACAUUCUCAAGAAUGCUACACGAAACCAGCGUUCGCAGACCGUUCGUAGAUUGUUCGUAGGUUCGCCGCUGGGUUAAUGGUUCCUUCCAAGAUUUUUUUUGCAGUAAACGUUGUACGCUGGCCAGUAGUAAUAAAGUCAUAACCAUGCGAGCUUUUGUAGGUUUGAGAGUCCAUAUUAAUUCCAACACCUUUAACUUUUACAGUGAUCGUAUAAACGCCUUCAGUUGAUGUGUAUAGAGGGCUUUUACGGCCUUAUCAAAAACUUAGGCUUUACGAAUAAUCGUUCGGCACUCUUACGAUCGACCUCUUGUAAGGUGUUCGCAAAAACUCGUAAGGAGUGGGUGGGUACACAAAAAAGCGACUGUUGAGUAAAAUUCUCUCAUGAGUAUCGUGAGUUUCACGUACGGCAAUCUUGUGACAAUAUCAAUCAUAACAUGGCCGUACGUUUGACGAAAGAAUAAGAAAGAAUUUGAAUAGGAAAUGGGAAUGCAGGUUAUUGCCGUUUCCUCAACUUUUAUUAACCCGUUUGAGUUGGCAUAUUCAAUUCAACUUCAAUACAACACUGUCAUUUAUAUGAAAAUCAUGUAAAAACAUUUUCAAAUAUCCGUUCGAAUUUUAGCAGUAGCAUAUUCCAAAUUCUAUAACAUAUAAAAGAGUUAGUCCAAAUCAUUAAUGUUUUAUUGAGUAUGUAUCCGACCGAAACAAAUUGCCAAAAUCACAAUAUUUUUUUUUUAUCUACUCGAAUUUUAGUUGGUAUGGACAUUUUUACUGAUCGGACAAAUACUUACCAAAACAGUGUUUACUUUGACCAAUACUUUUUAUGAGUGGAAGGAAAUAUUUCAUGGGGUACUUUAAGAAAAAUUGACAUAAGAUCGUCUUCCUUUGAAAUAUGGGGAAGGACCUCCCGUGAUCCCAGAAAACUUUUUUAAAAAUGUCAUGGAUAAUAAAUUAAUUUGAAAUAGAAAGCUUGAUAAAGCUGUAUAUGCUCUAAAGCUUUGUCUUCCUUUCAAUCUAUACACACCUUUGAGAGUCUUUCUGAGGGAGGAUUAAUAACUUGUAUUCAUUUAUUUCUUUUCAACCUUUGCCGAGUAUUAAAAGACAUUACUGUGGCUGACUAUACAGAUAAUGACAAAGCAAAUGAAUCGUUAUAGUUAUAAUUCCUAACUACAUGUAUCUACCUUCCCCAAAAUUAGAGGUAGCAUGCGUGCCGACAAAAGACGUAGAAAAAAUAAAAAAAUAUAUAUACAAAAAAUGAGCACAGCUUCAAAGCCAUCAAGGGUUGUCCCUUUUUAUGCCUUUGCAUUGAAUGAUCAUUCACGCGUACGGCUCAGCAAAACGUUCCUGGAUCGAGUCGCCGAUUGGUCUACCAGCUAAAUAUGAUUGUUAUUCUAUUUCAUAAUAUUUAAAUCAUAAUAUUUUGAUCAUUGAAUGAUUGGUCACACUGCUUUGGAAACAAAUAAGGGGUGCUGGUUUGUUAAAACAAGACCAAGAAAAAAGGGUUUCACUUCGAUAUGACCAUGACGACAAAGGAGUCUGUUCAG